ACAGCAGCUUGAGUCAAGUUUUGGCUAAGCCAGAUGUCACAAGAACCGUUUCUUGUCUUGUUCGUAAAUCGAUAAACAUCCAAGAUGUAUCAAGUAACAGAUUUUCAAAAAAUUGGAGUUGGCUUGGCGGGAUUUGGUAUCGCCUUCCUAUUUCUGGGCGUUUUGUUUUUGUUUGACAAAGGAUUGCUGGCAAUAGGAAAUAUACUAUUCAUAUGUGGACUAGCUUUUGUCAUCGGAUUGGAGAGAACUUUCCGAUUUUUUUUCCAAAGACAUAAAUUAAAAGCUACCAGUUUCUUUGUUGGUGGUAUAUUGAUUGUGUUGUUAGGGUGGCCAGUUAUUGGAAUGUGUGUAGAGAUGUAUGGAUUCUUUCUUUUGUUCAGUGGAUUUUUCCCAGUAGCUGUAAACUUUUUACGAAGAGUUCCAAAUUAUAAAAUUCUAGAUUUACCAUACAUCAGAACAGUAAGUACACUGUACAUUCACUACAUUGAACCUUCAGGCAAACCAUUUGUCACAAAAAAGUUAAAUGAUGAAAUAUUUUAUCAACAAAAUAUGUAUACAAUGUAUAUAUCAAAGUUGGCCCAUUGAAUAGGAGAAUAACUC